AGUAGGUUGAAGAUUACUUUACUUCCAACUCCAACAGUGGCUCUUUAGGAAUUAGGCGAAUGACUCUGGGACACGAUAGUAAAUUCAACUCCCACAAUUCUGUAAAAUCAACCACUCUCUGUGUCUCCCCCGCUGAGAAAAGCCACAUCACAACCCAGUUCCUGCAGCUUAGUUUCAGAGAGAGAGAGAGAGAGAGAGAGAGACAGUAUUAAUUUGGAGAAAAGGCAGACGGAUGGAUGAAGGGCCGGGGGGAGAGAGGGUGUGAAGGAAAGGAAAGCGCAAGGCAAUAGAUAAACAACACUAUCAGGAAAAGCUGAACUGGUCGGGUUUUCAAAUCAAAAGUUUUCCGGCAAUGUUGGACUACGAAUGGGGGAACCCCUCCACUGUCGUCUUCUCCGGGGACGAGACCGGCCAGGAUUCCGACCAGAGCCGCCAGAUUUUCGACCAAUACGCCCAAGCACUUAACGAAACUCUCGUCAAUUCAACUGGCGCCUUCGCCCAGAGCCACCACCACCACCACCACCACUUCCAGCCCCAAUCCCAGCCCUCCCAUUUACACUCUUUCUACGACCCACGCGCCGCCUACGCCGCCUCCUAUCCGCCGCCCUCACCUGCGAUGCUGUCCCUGGACCCGGUGGGUGGCGCCGCGGGGCUCAUGGUGGUGCCGAAGAGCGAGCCUAGUGGCGGAGUUAUCGACUUCGCUUCCCGAAUUGGCCUCAAUCUCGGUGGCCGGACGUACUUCUCGUCUGAAGACGACUUCGUGAAUCGGCUCUACCGCCGGUCCAGGCCGGUCGAGCCCGGCUCACUGAACUCGCCCAAGUGCCAGGCGGAGGGCUGCAAUGCCGAUCUGAGCCACGCCAAGCACUACCACCGCCGCCACAAGGUCUGCGAGUUCCACUCCAAAGCCGCUACCGUCAUCACCGCUGGGUUGACUCAGCGAUUCUGCCAACAGUGCAGCAGAUUCCAUCUUCUCUCGGAGUUUGACAACGGGAAGCGAAGCUGCCGGAAAAGGCUCGCCGAUCACAAUCGCCGCCGCCGGAAGUCUCAUCAUCAACCCAACCAGGAACCCAAGUCCCAGCUUGAAAAUAAUGCCCUUGCUCCGUCUUCUGAAAACCCUAUAAGGUCUCCGCCGGAGUCCGGAGUACACUCGGCUUCCUCGGUAACGGUGGCAGUGUCGCCUCCCCGAAUGUCGCUGGACUGUUUCCGGCAAAGAUCGUAUCAAUCAGCGGCCGCUUCAUCGCCGUCAACAAGCUCGCUCUUCUUCUCCAACGGGUAACUUAAUGUUCUCGGCCGAUCGAUCCAUCGAUGAAAUCCCAAGCUCGCUCCAUGGCCAAGGCUUGACUAGCUAGCGAAUUAGAAGUAAGUUAAGGUGCUGAAGAUGAUCGAGAAAAAUACGAUGGGUUUAACCCCUUCGUCUAGUAUUCGAGAUCAAACUGCUGUAUCUAUCUAUUUUUCUUUCCUUUGAAAUUGAAUUCCACCAAUUAGCCGUGUUUAACUC